UUUUGGCUACAAACAUUUGUGUAAGUCUUGCUCGCUGCUAGCCAUUUUAACAACUCUAAUUUCUCUAAUUUCACUGAUAUUUGUAUCGGCCUCGGUGUUUCUUCGCCGCAUCUGGUGCGCACCCACGUACACCUUCCAUUCCUACGAAAGGUGCCUUCUCAAUUUCUCAUCUUCUUCAGCGAGCACCAACAUCAUCGAAAGAACACCCUAGCCCCUCAAUUGCUUCUUCUUCGUGCAGAUAGAAAGAAGUUUUGGCUGUUUGGAAAAAUUUCAGACUCCUAUUCCCUGAAUGGUUCUUUAUCCAAUGCGUUUAAAGAAUUCAGCAGGCCUUCCAUUCAUUAAGGUGCAGGGAUAUUAUUUUACACCACAUAAAAGGUGUUGUAAGAUGCAUUUUUAGCUUGGCCAAUUCAUUGAAGCUAAAAUAGUCACUAAUAGAAUCUCAUAAAAUCAAAGGGUUUUGGGUUUGUCACCUAUAUGCGUCACAAGAUGAAGCAUAGAGCCCUGAGAGAAAUGAAUGGGAAGAGUAGGGGCACCAUUGCUUGAAACAAUAUUUGAACCUAGGAAUGGUAUUUAAGCAGAAGAGCACACUGCUGAAUUGCUACUAUUGGACAAAUAUUUGGGAGUGAGUAAUGGUAUAUGCCAGAAGUAUUACUUCACUACGACGUCAAUAUAUCUAUAAGCUCAAGAGGUGGCUCAUCAUCUAUUACAGUAAGCUAUUUGCAUUAAUGUGCACAUUGUACUUUGCUUCACUUCGGGGCAGUGCCAAUGGCGUUGGAUUGGGAAGGGCAAUGGCGAGCGCAGUAGGCAGUGGUGGCUCUAGAGUUUGUCUUCGUGUCACUUGCCAGAGUGCGGCUUCAUCAUUGGUUGGAGUGUGUUGUAAUUCUUACUAUCUGCAGGUCAUAGUUGUCGGGUAUACUGGUGGUGAUGAUUCACUGGGGCACCGGGGCCAUUGGGUUUGACGGGUCACUAGAGCGUGUAAGCCACUUUCACUAUCUUUGGGUCAUUGUCACCGCAGUGUACUAUUUUUAUUCCAUGUUUAAUUUUCAAUUUAUUUUUUUCUUUGCAUUUCAAGUGAGUCUAAAUCUUAGAAUUUUUGGUGUUGUAUAUUGGGGUUAUUUAACCUUUGCUUUCACCUUUUCACGAUUAUACAUAUGGGGUUUCUCAUUCUUUUAUCAUCAUUAAAAAUAUUGCGGCACCGUGGUUAGUGUGUUGUGUCCUUUCUGAAUGCGAUACAUGUUCAUGUUUGUCAAAUAGUUUAAUGUUCCUUUACAC